UUUGCAUGGCUGCAUUUUAAGCCACAAGAAACAUUAUAACAUAUUUAUGUUAUGUUAAAGAUUACAUCCCUGUGUACAUUGUUUCAGUUAUCGAAGGGUGUGGCAUUCUUGGGUGUAGAUUUUUGAAACUUAGUAGCUUUUACGUUGCCACUAAUUGCAAAUUAAACACAUGCUUAUAAAUAAUCACUUACCUUAAUAACUUUUUUAUGACUUAACUAAUUAACAACAUGAUUUAAAAAAAUAAAUAAAAAUAAUAAAUACAAACAUACAUACAUACUUAUGAAUGAAGUAUAUCCAUCUGGUCAGAGUACAUAUAAUUUUACAUGUACAAAUCCAAGAUGAGCGAUCCAUCCAAAAAGAAAAGUAUAUAUAAAAGUAAUACCGAUUUUCAAGGCGUGCCAUUUGAUUGUGGGAUUUUGGAACCCAAAAUUGAUAACCUCCAAAUAGAAGUUAAAGUAUUGCAAGGUUGUAGCUAUGAAAAGCCUCCUUAAAAAUGGUGGUGUAGUAAAAAACCUGCAAAAUAUUUUGAGCACAGCCAUUACUGCAGACUACAACUUAUAUGGAAUACAUGGCAAGAAGAGCCUUAAAGACGUCUCACAUUUUUAUGCUGCUCUGAAGGCAUCUUUUGUGGCCCCAGCAGGGAAAAGUGUGGAAGAUCAGCUGCGUCGCGCCAUUCAAAAUCAAAAAAAAAAAAAUACUUCAAGUCCUUAGCAACAGCGAAGAGCGAUUAGUGUUUCUAAUAUUUUUAUACAAUUUUAUUGGGUUUUUUUUGAUAGUGCAUUUUGAAUUUCCGGCACAUAAUUUAAUAUCCAAGUUAAUUUAAAAUUUCGAUUAUAAAAAUGUUGUUAUCAGCGGUUCGCGUUUGAAAGGAAAUCAAAAAUAUGUAAAAUAUGUAAUGUAAUAUUUUAAAAUCUGAAAGGUACUUCAAGUGCUUAGCAUUAGCGAUGACCGAUUAGUGUUUGUAAUACUUUUUUACAACUUUAUUAACUGAUUUUUUCUAGUGCAUUUUGAAUUCCCGGCACAUAAUUUAAUAUCCAAGUUAAUUUAAUAUUUCGGUUAUAAAAAUAUUGUUAUCCGCAGAUCAUGAUAUAUACAGUGAGUUUCAGUAAAAUUCGAACAGUAAAUUUCAUUCCAUAUAUUUUUUUUUGUAAUUUAAUAAAUUUUUUAU